AUGAAGCAGGGGUGGCGUCGUCACAUCGGCUACCGUCAAGGCGUAUCCCACAAUCCCAACUCAGUCGUCGCCUUCACCUGGUCGACAGGAGGCGAUAUCACGCACGAUCGUUUCUGGGCAGGGUUUCGGGCAUACAUGGACUUCUUCGUCGAGUCCGUUCUUCGCGCCAAACAAGACUCUGGAGGAAACCGAGACGCUUCCAGAGCCGUGUUCCAGCAUCUGCGACAGCUGGCGAUCACCUUCACGCCCAAGACGCGGUACGUUGACGGUUUCUACGACGCGUGGAACGCUUCCUUCCCGCUGGAAGCGGUCGAGAAGACGCAGGACCAACUGGGAGGAUCCUGUGCGGCUGAACGAGACUUUUGA